AUGAAGAAGAACAAUAGGAACUCUACCACAAGGAUCAAUGAGCAAGAUGCCAUCUCCAUCCCACCCUCCCAAGAUCCAGGAGAUCUUCAAAAUAUGUUGAAUGGAGGAGAGUAUGCCCCUUUUGUAUCUCCUCCCAUAUUAGAGAGCAAUUUUAUCCAGGUUAACAGGAGAGGUGAAUCCAUUUACCUUCAUAACCGAGCCAACUGGGUGACUGUAGGCAUCUGCUCUUCCAGUAAAACCCACAAGACCCCCAAUGUGAUGCUUCUGGCACAUCUGACCCCUGAAGCUCAGAAAGAUACAGAACCCCUGUUUCAAAGUCUCCUGACGUCUCCUUCGCCAGAGAACCUGGUGCUCACCAGGUUUCUCCCUCUGCAGUUUGUGACUCUUUCUGUGCAUGAUGCUGAGAAUAUGCGCCUCAAAGUAAAGCUGGUGAGUGGUCGAGCCUACUACCUACAGCUCUGCGCCCCUGCGUGUAAACAGGACACCCUCUUUUGUCAGUGGGUGGAACUCAUCUCCCUCUUGAAUGACGAGAAAGCCAAAGCUUCCAAACUGUCAGAAGUCUCAAGCCUCUCAGAAAUCACAAAUAGCACAGACAUCACAGGCUCGAGGGACAUCAUGGAUAUUGCAGCAUUCACAGCUCUACAGAGCCCACCCCUGUGCACAUGUUCAAACUCCGUACAUACUGCAGAAAGCACUGAUUUCUCAGAUUUCACAGAUGAUGUCACCGACAUCACCGACGUCACAGAUGUUCCAGAAAAUGAGGUCAGAGAGGCCCCAGAUAUAAAUAUUGUCACAGAAGUCACGGAAGUCACAGACCUCUGUGACAUCCCAAACUGCUCAGAGGUCACGGUGGUGUUUGAAAAUGAUGACAUACUAAGGGCCAAGCAAGAGGAAAAGGAAAGACUAGGAAACACUCUGAAGUCUGGGUGUCUACGAGAUGCAAAAACUAAGAACGAGCUCAGAGAACCCUCAAAACAUGUCACCAUCUCAAAUGUAACAUUGACUUUCCAAGGUGAACAAUGUUUUCAUACUACCUUGACUCAAGAAGAAAGUGAGACAAGUUCAUUCAAAGGGAUGAGUGCCAGAUCCUCUGAAAUAAGGACAACUGAAUUUAAAAGCACAGCUCUCGAGGCUGAGGAAUCCAGAAACACCAUGAUUCAAAAUCUCACGAAGUUAACUGUUUACGUCAUUUCACCUUCUUCUUUCCUUGCCCUUUUGCACAUAAUAAAUGCCCUAAAGCAUGAGAUUAGCUUUUAG